AUGUUGUUAAAACUUAUGACGCAAUUCGGCGAUUCCGGAAUCGAAUAUCCAGCGACGACCGCGAGGAUCAUUGGAGUUGGGGGACAGGGUUGUAGAGCAUCAAGAAGUAAUCCAAGUAAUCGAUUUUCGCAGAGUAAUAGAGAGACGUCCUGCGCAGCUGAAUUCACUGAUAAUUUCCCGUAUCUCCCGGUCAAACACGUCUACGGUGCGUGA